AUGGAUCCAGUAGCUUCGGUGGUGGAUAAAAUCAAAGGGUUUGCUCAAUCCACUCAGGAAUUCGCUCACGGCCUCCUUCAUUGUCGCAGUAAUUCCAAUCGCCGGAAUCCGAUUGAGAUUUUGAAGCGGUUGCAGCGCGAAGCAUUUUCAGAUAUCAUGAAACUUAGAGACAGACAAGAUAAGGUGGAGCGAAUGCUGACCUUCUAUAAAUCUGCGAAGGGAAGUCCGUUCCAAGAAGCUAGCACUCAUGUAAGGGGCGAGGUGGACGUGUUAGCGGCAUUGUUGAUGAUGGACAGUGUUGAUGAGCAGAAAAUUGAAGCAAUUGAGAGGUCUGGUAUUAGGACAGGUAUUCAAUCAAGAUUCACAUUUGAAACCACAAUUCGGGAGAAAGACACAUUUGUUGCAGAGUUUGCGGCCAGUGAAAAGGAGCUAGUUGCAAUUCCAGUGGGCGCUCGAUGCAGAGAUGUGGGAGUUGCUACAAAUUCUCACGAGGAUAGGGCCCUUACUGACUAUUCUGCAUUUGGACCACCACUUCUAAAUCAGCAUAAUGGCAGUGCCAUUGGCAUAAUGGCGCGGAAGUCAAAUGUGGUUGCUUCAUUGGGUCAGUUUUUUUCUGGCCUUGGAGUGCAUCACAACUCUGCCGGAUUUACACGUUCCUUGAGCACUUUUGGGCAAGUCGUCUGCCAACUUUCUACAAGUACGAAGCUCUCUCUUUUGGGUUUGCACAAAGAGUCUAGGUUGUUGAGCCAAAGGGUCAAUCUUGGAGCACUGGCUAUCCCUGUUAGCCUAUUCAAACAAAAUAUACCUUCGGAGAUAUCUUUGGAGGAAGACAGUGCAACAACUAGGAAAGGACGCUUGUCGGAUGGAUUUAUUGCUCUGAUGGUCGAAACAGAGCUUGACGAUAAUACACGAAUCGGGGGUUGGGUUGAGAUGAAAAACUCAAAUCCCAGAUAUCUACAAUGGGCUGCUACGAUGUCUGAUACCCCUGAAGAUGAGUUUGGAUGGGGUCUGUCAUUGGGAGGUUUGGUCCGAGGCCCAAAAGAUUGGGAACAUUUUCAGGUCGAAACAUUUUUGAAAUUAAAACUUGGCAAGAAAUUUAAAUUCGAGCCAGCUCUUUUGUAUGUAAUGGAUGGGGCUACCCAAUUUCCAGCCCUGAUGUUCCGUUCUACUUGGUCCCUCUGA